AUGGUCGGGUCGGCGGACUUUGUUUCCCGGUUUACCCGGCAGUCAUGGGCUAUGUACACUGUCGGCAUGAUCAUUAUUUCUCUGAGAUGGAUUGCUCGAGUUCAGAGACUUGGAUUCAAGGGGCUCCAAGCCGAUGACUAUUUAAUGCUUCUUGUUGCGGCGUGGUACACGACUCUUGUGACGUCUCUCAAUGCCGUUAAUCAUGGCGGAGGCAGUAACUUGCUGCGUCCGGGGGAGGCUGCGCAUCUGACCGCUCACGAAAUUCAGGUCAAAAUGAAAGGAUCAAAGCUGGCUAACCUUAACGUCAUGUAUACGAUCAAGGCUUGUAUGCUCUUUCUAUAUCAUAGAUUAACGACUGGGUUGUGGCAGCAGCGGGCUGUUCAAGCUUUAGCAAUCUAUGUUGCAUGCGGCUUCGUUGGAUCAGAAUUGGGAUUCUUCUUCGCCUGUCGCCCAUUUCAUGAUUACUGGGCGGUGCCACCAGCAGAUCCUCAAUGUGCGACAUUGCAACACUAUGCCAUCACUGAAGGCGUUUUUAAUAUUUCUUCCGACCUCCUCAUGCUUGCGGUCGUAUUACCGCUAGUAUUCCGAGUGCGUGUGCCACCAAAGCAAAAAUUUGUUCUUUGCAUAGUAUUUGGUCUAGGAAUUUUCGUUAUUAUCGCUGCGAUACUCACCAAAGUUUUCAACUUCUCCGACGUUUACUCGCCCGACUAUAUGUUCUGGUACAUCGUUCAGGCUAGCGUGGCGGUUUAUGUCUCCAACCUCCCAAUGGUCUGGGCAUUCCUUCGCCAGCUCUUCCCUUUCUUGCGUUUCACCUCUUAUUACCGUGGAGCCGGAUACAAGUCCGGGGCAUAUCACUUAAGCAGCAAUCCCAACAGUCGGACGAAUAACAGCAGGCUUAAGCACGCAAAACUUGCGAACAUGACCAUCGGUGGCCAUAAACGUUCCGGCGACGGUGAUGAUUAUGACAAUGAACUCGAUGGCCGAGCGUUCCAAAUGUCCAACUUCCAUUCAAAGACAACUAUAACCGGUGCGGCUGAUAGGAACGGAGACGAUGAAUCAUAUGGAACGUCUAGCGAAUGUGAAGCUAGACAUGGUCAGAUUCGAGGCCAGAGCAGUCGAGGAAACGAUGGCUCAAGCAUCAUCAGCAGCAGCAGCCAGGAACGCAUAAACGGCCCGAGUGAGAAUGAGAAUGUGGGCGUGAAGAAAUGGCACUCGGCAAAAGCGGCCGACUCGAGCGUACAUAUUGGAGAAGAAGAUCUUGGCCACCGCCUUGGUGACAGCGGGAGUAGCUGCCCAUCAAGUAUGAAUGUGGACCUGGAGAAGGUUGGUCAGCCGCAACAUCAAGGACCAGGGGAUUAUAGGGACCCUUUUGAUGACAAUCGACAUGUUGAUCGACAUGGACAGGGCUUUUGA